AUGAACGUUACUAACUGUGCUCCAUUCAUCGACGCCUCCUUUGGCCCUUUUGUCCCUCCCGAAUGCCGUGAUGGCUUCGACUUUACUCUCGUCUUUGAACAAUCCAUUCUUGUGCUCAUCCCAGCCUCUCUUCUACUUGUUAUUGCCCCCUUUCGUAUCUUCCAUCUUCGAAAUGCUCCUGUCAAAGUCACCGGCCAUCGUCUUCGCUCCAUCAAACUGACUCUCAUCGUCCUUUUGGCUGUUCUUCAUCUUGUGCUUGUCGUGCUCUGGGCAACUCUUCUUCGCCCUUCCAACACGCGUCUAGAUCGCGUCUCCAUCGCCGCUGCAUGUGUGUCUUUUGCCUCAAGCCUGAUGUCCUGUAUCCUCUCCCGUGCCGAACAUGCCAAAUCUGCUCGUCCAUCCUCGCUCUUGAAUGUCUUCUUUGCCGUGUCUUUGCUCCUGGAUGUUGCGCUCCUUCGCACCCUCUGGCUCGUCCCUGUGAGUGUGGCCAUUCCGGCUGUUUUCACGGCGGCGUUUGUCCUCAAGGGGAUUCUCGUCGUUGCGGAAGGGUGGAGCAAAGCUCCGUAUCUUGUCUCCGGCUCCGGGAUCCACUCGCCCGAGGUCACGGCCGGACUUUAUGCCCGGGUCGUUUUUACGUGGGUAGCACCGUUGCUGUUGACAGGAUUUCGGAAGUUACUUCGGCCGAUGGAUUUGUUUGAGCUGGAUGAGGAUAUGGGCUCGGCAGGGCUGAUUGGCAGGUUCUGGGGGUAUUGGGACAAACAGAAAGUUCCGGCCGGCAAGCACCGUCUUAUUCUGUGCUGCAUCUCUAAUCUACGAUGGCCCAUCGUUGCGGUCAUUGUUCCUCGCCUGGCGCUUCUAGCAUUCACCAUAUGCCAGCCGCUCAUUCUCAAUCGACUACUUGUAUUCCUCGACGAUACAUCUCAACCAAUCAGCAUCGGCCAUGGCCUCAUCGGAGCAUACGGUCUGGUCUACAUAGGCAUAGCUCUUUCUCAGGCCCUCUACUGGCAUCGCAAUGCUCGCUACGUUACCCUUCUACGGGGCGUUCUUGUCUCUGCGGUAUUCUCCAAAGCUACGGGGCUCAGCACUACGGCCACAGAUGAUUCUGCAGCCGUGACGCUCAUGUCUUCUGAUGUCGACGUUAUAGUAAGAGCCGUCAGGGAGAUUCACGAAUUCUGGGCCAAUAUCAUCCAACUUGGCAUAGCUACUUGGCUCCUGAGUACUCACAUCGGAUACGCUGCUUCUGGCCCCAUUAUAGUUUCCCUCGUUGCACUCAUUGCUACUGUCCUGGUAUCACCACUUGCACGCAAGUACCAGAUAAGAUGGCUGGAGAAGACACAGAAACGAGUUGGCAUCACCUCUGCCAUGAUAGGCCAUAUCAAGAGCAUAAAAUGUUCCGGUCUAGCUCAAAACCUCUCGGAUACCAUUCUCAAUCUUCGAGCUGAAGAGAUCAGAGCUUCAAGGCCCUUCAGAAUUGUCAGCAGCGUUACGUCUGCCAUUGCUCAAGUACCUCUGAUGAUGUCUCCUGUGGCGGCAUUCGCUCUUUUCCAGGGGGUGGCUUCCAAUUCUUCUGAGACUCUGGACGCGACCAGGCUGUUCUCUGCACUAUCACUCAUUAUCCUUCUUGCACAGCCGUUGUUCUUCAUGUUCGAGGUCAUUCUGGAUAUGAGUGCUGCUUUGGGCGCUUUUGAGAGAAUCCAGAAAUUCUUGGCACAAGAAACACGCCGUGAUCCUCGCAAGAUACGGUCUGGAUCAAGCUCAGCAGUAUCUCCUGGAGUGGAAACCGACUGUAUUGAACUGAGGAUGCUAAGAGAGACCACUUUGCCGUCUAUAGAAGACGCCGAUACUAGCAGUUUUGCAGUUGAGGUCUCCCAUGCCAACAUAGCAUGGUCAGAAGGGCGCACUCUAUUGCAAGACUUGUCAUUCAAGGUCAACUACAACCAACUUGUUAUUCUUCUAGGUCCAGUAGCGUCAGGCAAAAGCACUCUCUUAAAGGCGAUCCUUGGGGAAGUUCCAUUCACAGCCGGAACAGUCAGUCUUAACAGCGAACGUGUUGCUUGGUGUGAGCAAAGUCCUUGGCUUCUGAAUCGAACAAUUCGAAAUAACAUCAUUGGCCACGCUCAUUUCGAUGCUACUCUUUAUCAAAAUGUGGUCAAGGCCUGUGAUCUUGAGAAGGAUUUCAGUCAGCUUCCACAGGGCGAUGGUACUGUUAUCGGUAGCAAAGGGCUUGCUCUCAGUGGCGGUCAGAAGCAACGAGUGGCUUUGGCGAGGGCUGUUUACUCACAGCCAAAAGUCGCUCUUCUUGAUGAUGUCUUCAGUGGACUAGAUAGUCAGACUGCACAGACAAUAUUUGAGAAUCUCUUUGGCAAGCAAGGCUUGUUGCGGAAGUGGAAAACAACGACCAUUCUUGCUACUCAAUCAGCGAACUUUCUCCCUGCCGCCGACCAUAUCAUCUGUCUAAGCAAAGGAGGAAAUAUCUCUGAACAAGGAUCAUUAAGUAGUCUUGAGAAUGCGGGUGGAUAUGUGCAAUCUCUGUUGGAAGGUAAGACGACACACGAAGCUUUGGAGAUUACAGGUGAGGAUGUUAUCGAACCGACCACUCAACCAAAACAGACAGUCUCUCAGCAACAUGAUGAACAGGAAGACUGGCGUCGACAGCGGGGAGACUCGACCGUGUAUCAAUACUACUUCAGCAGCACUGGCAGUCUAUUCAUGGUUACCCUUCUCGGACUCGAGAUCGUCUGGGCUUUCCUCGAGAGCUUUCCAACAAUCUGGCUCAAACUUUGGACCGAUGACAAUGAGAAGGGAAAUGAUAGAGCGGAUUACUACCUUGGCAUCUAUGCUGCCUUGCAGAUCAUGGGCGUCAUUUGGUUUGCAAUCCUCAUAUGGUUUGUCAUCGUAUUGGUAGCCGCAAGGUCUGGCAUCACUCUACACAAGAGACUACUGUCUACCGUUAUCCGGGCGCCAUUAUCACUAUUUACAACGACAGAUAUUGGUUCCAUCACAACGAGGUUCUCUCAGGAUAUAGGGAUGGUGGAUAACCAUCUUCCCCUAGGACUUGUUGUAACCCUCGCCAGCUUCUUCGGUGCCAUCGCCAAAGCUGGUCUCCUCGCCGCCUCGACUCCCUAUAUAGCAGCAGCAUUCCCCCUACUGGGCGCGAUCUACUUCUAUCUCCAGCGUGGCUACCUUCGAACAUCUCGUCAACUCCGUCUCUUAGAUCUCGAAGAGAAAGCACCUUUGUAUACACAGUUCCUCGAGACUCUAUCUGGUCUAGCAACUAUACGUGCUUUCGGCUGGGGUGACGCUAUCUUAGAAGCCAAUCACGCCCUAGUUGACCGCUCUCAAAGACCAUUUUAUCUUCUUAUGAUAGUUCAACGCUGGCUUGUCUUGGUUCUCGAUCUGACGACCGCGGGUCUCGCUUUACUCCUCGUUGGACUCGCCGUUCGUCUUCGUGGUGAAGUUGACGUGGGUUUGACAGGUGUAUCACUCGUCCAGCUUAUCUCGUUGAGCGAGACCGUCAACCUGCUCAUUCAGUUCUGGACGUCCAUCGAGACAUCUAUCGGUGCUGUAGCUCGUAUCAAGCAAUUUGCUGAGGACACUGGAGAAGAGAACUUGCCUGGCGAGACGCAGGAGCCUCCGCCCCAGUGGCCCGACAAAGGUGCUAUACAAGUCAGCAACUUGACGGCGUCGUAUGGAGAUGGAAAGGAAGACUUUGUUAACGCUCUCGAUGCUGUAUCCUUGGAGAUCAAGCCUGGGGAGAAAAUCGGCAUCUGUGGUCGUACAGGAAGUGGUAAAUCGUCUCUGUUCCUCGCGCUUCUGCGACUUCUUGAUCCUUCGUUUGGUAGCGUCACUAUUGAUGGAAUAUCUCUUUCUUCACUGCCACGCGAUACCAUUCGCAGCCGCCUUAUCACGCUUACACAAGAUCAGUUCGUCCUGCCAGGCACCGUUCGGCACAACGUAGACCCACGAGGUGUCUACUCUGAAGUUGACAUCAACGAAGCAAUACGCCUUGUUGGACUGUCCGAUGCUAUAGAACAGCAUGGAGGGCUGCACGCUUCCUUCGACGAGGAUAUGUUGAGUCAUGGCCAGAAGCAACUCUUCUUCCUAGCGAGAGCAGUCCUAAGGAAGCAUGACGGAAGAGUUGUUCUCCUUGACGAAGUUACGAGCAGCGUGGACCAUAAGACCGAGAAAGUUAUCAAAGCCAUCAUUGGGGACGAAUUCAAGGAGCAUACAGUUGUGUCUAUCACCCAUCGUCUCGAUACUAUCGUCGAUUUCGACCGCGUAAUCGUGAUGGGAAAGGGCUGCGUCGUCGAGAUCGGUAAGCCAAAGGACCUUCUUGCUUCAAACAGCAAGUUCAAAGCUCUUUGGUCAGCCAGACCUCGCUCUGUGGCAUAG